AUGAAGAACCUCGGAUAUUGUUUCUCUUUAACAUUUAUCAUUAUCUUCAUUCAUAUAAACAUACUUGUCAGUCCGUAUCUGACCCGUAUCCAUGCAGAAGGAUGUGAUUCUGUUAUUCAACUCCCACGUUCGGGGUUGACCAAAACCCGAACCAGAUUUAAACGGGUUCUUUCUGUCGGCGAUUAUGGUGCUAAAGGGGAUGGCUUUCAUAAUGACACUGAGGCCUUCCUGGAGGUUUGGAAAAUCGCUUGUUCACUCUCUGGAUUCAUAAAUGUGGUUUUUCCACAAGGGAAAACUUUCCUUGUCCAUCCAAUUGACAUUGGUGGGCCUUGUCGAUCUAAGAUAACUUUGAUGAUCUCAGGUACAAUAGUUGCACCGCGAGAUCCUCUAGUAUGGCAUGGUUUGAAUCAGCGCAAAUGGCUUUACUUCCAUGGGGUGAAUUACCUUACGGUAGAUGGUGGAGGGCGAGGAAGCAUCAAUGGAAUGGGACAGGAAUGGUGGGCCAGAUCUUGCAAGAUCAACUCCACUAAUCCAUGUCAUCCUGCUCCAACGGCCCUGACUUUCCACAGAUGCAAGAAUCUGAAAAUUGGAAAUCUUGUGUUGUUAAACAGCCAACAAAUGCACGUGGCAUUCACUAGCUGUAUGCGAGUUGUUGCAUCCAAUCUCAAAGUAUUAGCACCUGCUUUCAGCCCUAAUACUGAUGGAAUCCACAUUAGUGCAACAAAGGGUGUUGAGGUUAGGGAUAGUGUAAUCAGAACAGGUGAUGACUGCAUCUCAGUAGUCAGAAAUUCUUCACGGGUCUGGAUCAGAAACAUAUCUUGUGGUCCGGGCCAUGGCAUAAGCAUUGGUAGCUUGGGAAAAAAGAACAAAUGGGAGAAGGUGCAAGAUGUAAUUAUUAAUGGAGCUUCUCUUUCCAAUACUGAUAAUGGGGUGAGAAUCAAAACAUGGCAGGGUGGGAAUGGUUUUGCCUCCAAGAUCACAUUUCAGAAUAUCGUGAUGGAAAAUGUGUCUAACCCGAUAAUAAUAAAUCAAUACUACUGUGAUUCACGACAUCCUUGUAAUAAUCAGACCUCAGCUGUGAAAGUGGAGAACAUAUCUUUCAUUAAUAUACAAGGAACUUCAGCGACCCGAGAAGCAAUUAAAUUUGUUUGCAGUGAUGCCUCUCCAUGUGAAGGAUUAUAUCUGGAAAAUAUUUUUCUUGCAUCAUGCUCCGGAGGAAAUACUAGAUCCUACUGCUGGCAAGCUUAUGGUUCUGCUCGGGGUUUGGUGUAUCCUCUGGCUUGCUUCCCAAGCAGUGAUGAUUUUAUCAGACAGAAUGUAUGGUUAGAGUCAAACCCUGUUAUUCAUUCCGUCUGAGUAAAGGGUUUUUUGUACAGAAUUAAAUGAGUACU